ACCUCGCGAGCUCUGUAGAUAUGCCUCGAACUACCUGAAUUUGCGCGUAUUUCUAAUCAAAACAACUCAUUUUUACGAUUUAGAUAUUUCGCUUUAUACUUUAUGUGAUGUUUUAAAGUGAUCUGGCACAUGACAACAGCUUUGUGCUUCAGCGUUUAUAUCCUUCGACUCACUGAAACUUACUUAUCUGGCUAGCUUUAGCUAAGUUAGCUGACCUCUCCAUGGCUCCUCUCCGGGUCCUGUGCAUCCAUGGUUACCGUCAGAACAGCGUCUCGUUCCGUGAAAAGACGGGAUCCCUGCGGAAGCUCCUGAAGAAACACGUGGAGCUUGUAUACCUGAGUGCACCGCACAGUGUGCAGCAGGGAAACAGUGAAGAUGCUCCAGAGAAGGAGAAAAACUCAGAACCUGGACCUAGAGAUGAUGAGGACCCAAAGGGUUGGUGGUUUUCUGACAUCCAGGCUCGCAGCUUCAGCGCUCAGCAGCAGUGUGAGGAGAGCCUGGGCCUCAACGAGAGCGUAUCUGUUGUGAGAGAAGCGGUCAAGGUCCAAGGUCCAUUUGAUGGCAUCCUGGGCUUCAGUCAGGGAGCAGCUUUUGUUGCCAUGCUGGUCUCGCUUCAGGAGCAAAAAAUUGAGCCAGAAUUCAGCUUCCGCUUUGCCAUCCUGGUUGCUGGUUUCCGCAGCGCCUGUAAGGAACACCAAAGAUUCUACAGGGCUCCCCUCCAGAUUCCCUCCCUGCACGUGUUUGGACUGGAGGAUCGAGUCAUCCCAGACAUCAUGAGCAGGGAUCUUCUCCCGUCCUUCACAGACCCUCAGGUUCUGACUCAUCCUGGUGGCCAUUUUGUUCCUGCUGGAUCAGCACAUAGACAAACCUACCAGGACUUUCUCAAGAAGUUUCAGUGACAAAUGUCAAAGGAAAUCAUUUUAGUGAGGAGCCUCAAUCCACAAGGACUCACCCCCUUGAAUAUGACUGGGGAUGGUUGAUUAUUUUCUAUUCAGAAAAAUCACGGGACAACAUAAUUUGAUCCAGAGGCAUUUUGGUUAAAAUGCUAAAUGAAGAGUUUUAACCUUUUCCCUGAAAGCUUUGAGCUUUUGUUGAUCACAUCUAAUACAUUAAAAUCAGUACAAUGCUGUUCUUCUCAGGGAGGAUGUCAUAUAACCUAAAAUAAUAAAUUAUUGUGUACCAGUUG